ACAUGGUUUUUGUCUGCAUUGUUUCUAAAGAUUGGGGGAAAGGACAAAAAAAGAAGAAGACAAAAGCACUUAAAUCAUACUUUCAAAGUUUCAACAUGUCACUGAUUUCCAUUUUAAAAGCUUUUAUCUCCUCGUAGUGCUCACCAAAAGGUUAAUUAAUCCUCUUCCUGAAAAAAUAUCAAAUCUGGCAACUCAUCCACAAUAUUACGCCACCGAACAUUUCGCCACACCACACAUUUUGUCUGCUUUCUACUUCGCCAGAGAAAGUGGCCAGAGCUCAUCUACUUCGCAAGAACUAAGACAGUCAAAACGCAGCAAGCAAUCAUGUUGCCAAAGUUCGAUCCAACAGACCAAAAAGCUUGUCUGUCUCUUCUUGAAGAUGUGACGACCAACGUAAAACAGAUUCAAGAUUCCGUUUUGGAAGCAAUACUUUCACGUAAUGCUCGUACCGAGUAUCUUAGUGGUUUUCUCAACGGUCAAGUUGAUAAACAGAGCUUCAAAAAGAACCUACCCGUUGUGACCUACGAAGAUAUUAGGCCUUAUAUCGAUCGUAUCGCUAAUGGAGAGCCGUCUGAUCUCAUCUGUGAUCGACCCAUCAGUGUACUCUUGACCAGCUCUGGUACUUCAGGAGGAGUUCCAAAGUUGAUUCCUUUGACAACAGAUGAAUUAGAACAGAGGAUUUCGUUUGCUUCUCUCUAUAGACCUCUACUCUACAAGUACGUCGAGGGGAUUAGAGAAAGAAAAUCUUUCAUGUUAUAUUUCGUGACCCGAGAAAGCGAGACUGCUUCUGGGAUACUGGUCAGGACUAUGAUAACUUGUGUUUUGAAAAGCUUGAAGCCAUCUAACUCUUUUAUCUGGGAUCAAACACAGAUAAGUCCGCAUGGAAUUUCGACUUGUUCAGAUACUACUCAGAGCAUGUAUUGCCAACUGCUUUGUGGGCUUCUACAACGAGAUAAUGUAGGUCGCCUUGGUGCACCCUUUGCUUCAUCCUUCCUCAAAAUAAUCAAGUUCUUGGAAGAUCACUGGCCUGAGUUUUGCUCCAACAUAAGGACUGGCCGUCUCAGUGACUGGAUUACAGACCCCCAAUGUGUUUCAGGGAUCGGUAAGUUCCUCACUGCUCCUGAUCCGGAACUAGCGAGCCUGAUUGAGCAAGAAUGCAGUCAAACAUCAUGGGAGGCAAUAGUGAAGAGACUUUGGCCAAAAGCAAAAUGCAUCGAAGCCAUUGUUACCGGUACCAUGGCACAGUACAUUCCAUUACUGGAAUUCUAUAGCGGUGGUCUUCCUGUGAUUUCAACUUUUUAUGGAAGCUCUGAAUGUUUCAUCGGUCUCAAUCUCAAUCCUCUGAGUAAGCCUAGUGAUGUGUCGUACACCAUCAUUCCAUGUAUGGCGUAUUUCGAGUUCUUAGAGGUCGGGAAAGACUAUCAAGAAACUGGUCAUGAUCCUGCCGAGAAACCUGUUGUAGUCGAUCUUGUCGAUGUUAAAAUCGGCCAUGAUUAUGAACCUGUUGUCACAACGUUUGCUGGUUUGUAUAGGUACCGUUUAGGGGACGUUUUAAGAGUGACUGGUUUCUACAACAAUGCGCCACAAUUUCAUUUCGUGGGAAGACAGAAAGUUGUUCUGAGCAUCGACAUGGACAAGACCUACGAAGAAGAUCUCCUCAAGGCAGUGACAAACGCGAAGCUGCUGCUCGAGCCACAUGACCUAAUGCUCAUGGAUUUCACUAGCCGUGUGGAUUCCUCCUCGUUUCCAGGACACUACGUGCUCUACUGGGAACUCGGGAGCAAAGUCAAGGACGCAAAGCUUGAGCUCGACCCGAAUGUUUUGGAGGAAUGCUGCUUCACCAUUGAGGAGUCACUUGACGCUGUGUACAGAAAAGGACGAAAGAAUGAUAAGAACAUUGGACCACUUGAGAUUAAGGUUGUUAAAUCUGGCGCUUUCGAGGAGCUAAUGAAUUUAUUUCUGUCUCGAGGCUCUUCUGUGAGUCAGUACAAGACGCCGAGGUCGGUGACGAAUGAAGAAGCGGUGAAGAUAUUGGAGUCGAACGUUGUUUCCGAGUUUCUUAGCCGGAAAACUCCAUCGUGGGAGCUACAUGAGCUGUACUCCAACCGAUAAGACCGCGAUCACAAUUUUUUUUUUUUUUACUUCAUCGUAGGAUACUUAAGAAAGGUGAAACAUUGUAGAACCUAAAAUAAAACUUAGCAAUGAUGAGAAAAUUACUCUCACUUGUUCAACCAGUCAAAGUUAAAUAGUGUAACAAUCUUUUAUAAAA